AUGGGCACCGAAAUGGACACAUUUUCGGCCCGUCUGGCCAGUUUCGAUAUUGUUCUCCGGCCAGACAAGCGGAGAUCUUCGAAUAGCAAAGGCCCCAAUGCGAUCGCAUGGCCUCACGAAAGCCCAUCGCCGGAAGAGUUGGCGCAAGCAGGCUUCUACUACAAACCCUACGAAAGCAACCCUGAUAACACAACAUGCUUCCACUGUCACCGCGCAUUGGAUGGCUGGGAAGAAGAGGACAACCCCAUUACCGAACAUCUCAAACACGCGCCGGACUGCGGUUGGGCUGUCAUGAUGGACAUCCAACAGCGUAGCUCCAACCCCAAGAAAAUCGAGGAUCCAAUGAGUGAGCGAAUCAUUCAGGCGCGUGCCGCGACAUUUGGGACUUCAUGGCCACACGAUGGUAAGAAGGGAUGGGUGUGCCAAUCGGAGAAGAUGGUCGAAAGCGGUUGGUACUUCUGCCCGAAUGAAGACAGCGACGACCUCGCAAGUUGCGCCUACUGCAAACUGUCCCUCGAUGGUUGGGAGCCCAAAGAUGAUCCUUAUAAUGAACAUUUCCGCCGCUCUUCUUACUGUUCUUUCUUUGUCUUCACACAGCCUCCUCAAAAAGGCAAGGGAUCUCGCACCAAGAAAUCCCGUACUUCCAAGGCUUCUUCCCGUCUCUCAACUCAAUCCGUCGCAACCACUACCUCCGAAGCUCCCGAAUUGGAUACGGAUAUGGAUAUGGAUAUGGACGAUGAAAUAGAUCAAAGCAUCAUGUCUCAAACCACAACCAAGGCGAAACCGGCCAAGAGAGGGCCCAAGGGCAAGGGCAAGACUGCGAAAGCUAAGAAGCAGGAUAACGAGGAGGUCGAGGCCCAAAUGCAUGUCGAUAACGUUGAUGAUGUACAACCUGAACCCGAAGACGAGCCCGAACCACCAAAGCCAAAGCGUGCAGGACGCGGCAAGAAGCGGGUGAGCGAGGAUAUCAACAACGAUGAGCCUGAGUCAGUCCCUACCCAAGAGCGAGAACAGUCACCAGCCGCAGAGCCUCCCUCAAAACGCCGAGCGACAGGCACAAGAAGUAGCAGCGUUUCUCGAUCGUACAAUUACGAGUCUCACGACCAUGAAAUGCAAGAUGCAGAGUCAGUGGAUGAAGCGGCCCCGAAAAAGAGGGGCCGCAAACCGAAGAAGGCUACAGCAAAAGGCCGGAAGGCUUCUGAUGUAUCCACUUCAUCUAAAGCUCUAACAAAGGAGCGUCUUCCGCGUGACUCGGAAUUGGACGCAGCUAUCCAUGCCGACCUUGAUGCUGAUGCUGACGAGCCUGCGGUGCAGGAGCCCGAGCAGGAGGAUGAACCAGAGCCAGCCCCGCGUACCUUGAAGAAAUCCAAGUCCACAAAGAAAUCGAAAGCUACUGAGAAAGCAUUGGAGCCAGAAGAAGUGGACGCUCAAACAGAGGAAUACGAGGAGGUCGAGGAACCCGCUCCAAAGACAAAAUCCAGCAAGUCUUCCAAGAAGAAAAGCACCAAGAAGAGCAAGAAGGAGGAAGAUACUAAGGCUGAGAAGAAAGCAUCACAAAGGUCUAUGGAACCUACACCAAUUGAUGAUGACAUUUCAGAGCAUGAGCAUCAUGACUCUUUGGUUUCUGUUGAAACCGACCACCAGAAUCCUGAGCUUGAAGCAGAUCCUGUAUCGGAGGCCGAGGAGAAGCCAGUGAAGAAGAAGUCCUCGAAGAAGAAGGAUGAAAAACCGAAGAAAUCCAAGAAAUCCAAGAAGGAGCCUUCUCCUACCCCCGAACCGGUUGUUGAGCCCGAGCCCGAGACCGAAGUCGAAGCAGAGCCAGAGCCAGAGCCAGAAUCAGAGUUUGAGGCUGAACCUGAACUCGGGUCAGAACCCGAACCGGUUUACGAACAACAUGAUACCCGGUCCCCUUCCAUGUCUAUGGAUGAAUUUGGAACCCCAGAUGAUAUCCCGGACAUGGUUGAGAUGGUCCCAUCUCCUCAGCCGCCUUCUUCAGAGAUACGAAAAGACAGGACUCCGGUCCCUCCUAAGACGACGAAACGGUUCAGUGACAUCCCUCAAGAAGAGCACCUCGCCGAGUCAUUCAACGAAUCUCAAAGGUCUCGUAUCAGCGGGAAACAAGAGACUAGGCCCCAGAGGAUAUCCAAGUCCUCGAACAGAGCGGUAUCACCUCUGCCACCUCCUCGCCAGAGUACUCCGUCGUUGUCACCACAAUCAUCUGAUGCUGAGAAUCGGCCACCAUCCUCCCGGCUCGCUCCAUCCUCCACCCCGAGACAGCAGACAAUGCAGGCCCCAUUAGCUGCUGCCACUCCCUCGCCUUCAAAGCGCAAUCCGAAUGCAGGAUUCCCUGCGUCGGCUCACCCUUGGACUCCCGUGGAUAUCGAUGAACUGUUAUAUGGAGAAGCUAGUGACAAGGAGAAUGCCGAUUUGUCCGGGAUUUUCAAGGAUAUCAAGGCUGGUUUGACCAGCCCCGAAAAGAAAAUGAAUGUUGAGCAGUGGAUUUUAUGGAAUGCGAAGAACGGCGAAGAUCGUCUGAAGAGAGAAUGUGAACGGCUGGUCAGUCAAUUCGAGAAAGAGGGUGGCCGGGCCAUGCAACGGCUUGAGGCUAUUGAGUGCAUGGAUUAA